GCGGACCCGAUCCUGUCUCGCACGCCCCACCUUAUCUCAUUCUCUCUCUCCCUCUCUCUAUCACUCUGCUACUUAGAGGUAGUACACCAAAAAAUCUAGGGUUUGUAAGGAGGAGGAAGAUGCUCUCAAGCGCCACAUUUGCUUCAUCUUCAAUGUGUCAGAUUCGUCCAAUGACAUGUCAUUUUGAAAAGCGAGAUCAGCUUUUAACUCAUAGAGUGUACUUUGGGCUGCGACAAGCAAACAGAAGGGAGAAGAGUUGGUCCUUGAAGGCCGGAUUUUGGGAUUCCAUCAAAUCUGGUUUCUUGAAGAAUAACAACACGACAGAGAUAAUUGAGCCACCCUCAGCACCAACAGAAGAAGAGGAAGAGCCCAUGCCUGAGGAAAUCGUUCUUAUCGAAAGAACUGAACCUGAUGGAACAUUUGAACAGAUUAUAUUUUCUUUAUCUGGAGAUGUAGAUGUAUACGAUCUUCAAGCUUUAUGUGACAAGGUGGGCUGGCCUCGAAGACCACUCACAAAAGUAGCGGCAUCUUUAAGAAAUAGCUACUUAGUCGCUACAUUGCAUUCAAAAACAAAAUCUUCAGGCACAGAAGGAGAUGGUCGGAAGCAACUUAUUGGCAUGGCUCGCGCUACUUCAGACCAUGCUUUUAAUGCUACAAUAUGGGAUGUCCUCGUCGAUCCUUCCUAUCAGGGCCAGGGACUCGGUAAAGCACUCGUAGAACAGCUAAUUCGAGCAUUGCUCCAAAGGGAUAUUGGCAAUAUAACAUUGUUUGCAGACAAUAAAGUUGUUGAUUUCUACAAGAACUUGGGAUUUGAAGCCGACCCAGAAGGCAUUAAGGGCAUGUUCUGGUACCCGAGAUACUAGUAAUUGAUAGGUAGUUUUGUUUGUAUUAUAGUUGUAUGUUCAUUGAGCUAUUUUAAAUAAUCCAUUCAUCACAUAUACCAAACCAAUGUACCAAAUAUGUGUCCACGUAAAUGAUCAAACAAUUUAUCCAGUUUCUAGUUUUUGAUCUUCCAUUUGAUUUUA